AUGUCCUUACUGAAUCAUCAGAGCUGAACAGUACGGACCAGCCAGAUAUGGAUCCAGCGGCAUUCAGCCCACCCAGGGAGCUUCAGGAGGCCGUGGUCAACUCUGCUUCUAAACUAAUCAACCAGUGGUUGGAGCAUGAGGGAGAAGCGCCUCUUUACGCUGUGGAAGCCAACCUACAACACCUUAUUUCUGGUUAUCCCUGGCUUUUGGACUCUCUGCACCCGCUCGUUCAGAAUUUCGUUCUCCACGAGCUUCACCUACACCCCCCCGCCUCUACCGCUUGCUUGCUCGCUUCAACGGAGGACGUGUUGUCCGAACCGCCGGACGAGGGAUUACCCGGCCCGUCGGAGCCAUCUCCAAAAAAGAAGCGACGUUCGCGCCAUCGGCGGGGCACCCCACAGCCGGCUGUCAGGACAUAUAAACAACCGGCAGUGGUGAGUGAGAGGGACACUGUUUCUGCUUUGUCGGAUACAAGGGCUAUUUAUUCUGGGGCUAUUUUUUGCAUUUCCACCUUAGAUACUAGUGUUUUUUCUGUUUCAUCUAUGGCUAAAGCUUCAAAGACUGUGUUUCUUGAGCCCAUGUCCUGUGUUAAUGACUGUGUCCACUCUGCUGCUGCCAAGCCUGGAAUUACUGAGCCUGGCAUUAUGAAUUCAGAGAAUGAAAACAUUUGGGACUCUUUUUCAUCUGCACUGGUCUUUUCAGGGGAAGCUGUAAACCUCACUGAAACAGUUCUUCCUGAUCAUGUUCUCACAUCCACACUUUCACCACAGUUUAACGUUGGGUCUGCAAUUCAGUUAGCUUUUCAGUCAGCAGGCCAGCUGCCCUCAGUUCAGUCAGCAGGCCAGCUGCCCUCAGUUCUGUUGGCCUCUCCACCACCUAUUACGCCUUCACUACAGUCGUCUCCGCUACCUGUAGGUCAAUCUGUAGCCGCUCCGCUGCCUAUAGCUCAGCUGCCACUUGUUCAUCUGUCUGCUCACUCACCCAUUCAGCCACCAUCCUCACUGUCUCAUUCUAAGCAGAGAACACACUUCACCACAACAUCUGCUGGUUCUCUUAAGCUGGCCACCUCAGAGACAGUUACUCCCUCUAGGGCCUCCCCAGAGGCUGGGUGUCACUCACCAGCCAACUCUGGACCCCUAGAGGCCAAGACGCCAGCGCCAGCAGCUCCCCCGGAGAACUCACCAGAACAGUCUCGGCUCUCAGCACCCCCUGAGAGUUCAAGUGAGUUCACCCAUCUGCCUCCGUCCUCUGAGUGCAUUGGGGAACACUUUCAGCCCUCUGAGGACUGCAUCCCACUGUUACUGCCUGAGUGUAGCCACUGUGCUGCUCAGUCCCAGCGAGUGUCCACACUGACAGAGGUCUGCGUACCUGCUGCUUCAGUGUCUGUCUCAGCUGGAGGGCCCGAGGAGCCCACCCAGCACCACACCUCGUUAGCUGAGGGUCCUGGAGGACCCAGACAGCACGUCCUCCCGUCUGCUGGCGGUCCAGGGAGGUCUGUUCAGCCGUCACCUGCUGAAUCAUCCCUGCGACAUCUACAUCACCGCCUGCAUCAUCUCCUGCAACAUCAUCUCCUGCAGCAUCCAUAUCACCGCCCGCAGCCGUCCCGCUGCUGUCAGGUUCCGCCUCUGUGUCUUCAUCCACACCUGGUCCAGCUUCAGCUCCGCCUUCAGCUCCACCUUCACCUGGUCCAGCUUCUGCUCCGCCUUCGCCUGGCCUGGCCCUGCUCCGCCUUUGCCUGGCCCUGCCUCGCCUGGCCCUGCGGUUGCCACACCGUCAUGGGACCCAGCUCGUCCUGUUCUGCCUUCACUGUUGCCGUGUGCACGGUCGGCCUCCAGACCUGUUUUUCCCGUCGCCACCGUUGCCAUGUGCACGGUCGGCCCCCUGACCUGUUUUGGCUCCUGUGUUGA